AUGCACACCACGCAAAAGGACACGACCUAUACAAAGAUUUUUGUCGGGGGUCUUCCGUACCACACCACGGAUUCCAGUCUCAGGAAAUACUUCGAGGUGUUUGGUGAGAUCGAAGAAGCCGUGGUCAUCACCGACCGCCAGACCGGCAAGUCCAGGGGAUACGGAUUCGUAACAAUGGCAGACCGCUCAGCUGCAGACAGGGCUGUAAGACCCCAAUCCAUCAUUGAUGGCAGGAAAGCCAACGUCAACCUAGCCUACCUGGGGGCCAAGCCACGGGUGAUGCAGCCAGGUAAUGCAUUUGGGGUUGCCACGAUAGAUCCAGCCUUUCAGUCUUCAUAUGGGAUCCCGGCCCACUAUGUGUACCCUCAGGCCUUCAUGCAGCCCAGUGUGGUCAUCCCACACGUGCAGCCCACGGCGGCAGCCUCCGCCACUGCCUCCUCCCCCUACAUCGACUAUACCGGAGCGGCCUACGCGCAGUACUCCGCCGCCGCGGCUAGUGCCGCCGCAGCCGCCGCAUACGAGCAGUACCCUUAUGCCGCCUCGCCUGCCGCCGCGGGGUACGUGGCCACUGCGGGUUACGGCUAUGCGGUCCAGCAGCCACUAGCCACUGCCGCCCCAGGCUCGGCCGCAGCUGCCGCGGCGGCCUUUGGCCAGUACCAACCUCAGCAGCUGCAAGCGGAUCGCAUGCAAUAGCAGUCACUGCAGCCAUUGGACAAGCAGGAAGGGGAGGCCCACCCACGGCCACAGCUGAUUGGUCAGAUGAAUGAGCAGCGGAGGAAGAGGAAGAGGGAUUGGCCUUGAGGGUGGACGUGUCAGUGACUCAGAAGGAGGAAGAGUUGCUCUAAAAAGGGUGAUGCUGAGGGUGAUGAUGAUGGUGAUGAUGAUGAUGGUGGUAGUGGUGAUAAUGGUGAGGUGGGAACUUCAUUAAGUAGCUUUCCAACUUGCUGUGCUUCAACCAAAAAAAAAAAAAAAAAGAUAAAACGAAAAAUCUUGCAGAACAAAGCAAGGAAGAUGAUUUAUUAUCAUUAUUAUUAUUAUUAUUGUUGUUGUUAUUACUAUUAUUAUUAUCAUUUCUAUUAUCAUUGUAGUAGAGUACUUAUUUCUAGAGAAGAAAUGCAGGAACUAAUCCCUGUGGUUGGUAUAGGUG